AUGGAUUUGAGUGAGUUGAAAAAAGCGGUGGAGGAAGUUGAACUUGUAGAUGGCCAUGCUCACAACUUGGUUGCACUUCACUCCAAUUUUCCUUUCAUUCAUGCCUUUUCUGAAGCACAAAGUGAUGCCCUCGCUUCUUCACAUCACUCUCUAUCCUUCAAGAGAAAUCUAAGGGAUUUAGCUGAGUUGUAUGGAUGUGAGUCAUCUUUGCGAGGUGUUGAAGAAUAUCGAAGAGUCUCUGGAUUGGAAUCCACGUGUUCGACAUGUUUCAAAGCUGCAGGAAUCUCUGCCAUACUUAUUGAUGAUGGGUUAGAAUUGGACAAAAAGCAUGAUAUAGAAUGGCACAAGAGUUUUACGCCUUUUGUUGGUAGAAUCUUAAGAAUCGAAAAAGUGGCUGAGAAAAUCCUUGAUGAAGAUGUUUCGGUUGGAUCUCGCUGGACAUUGGAUUCGUUCACUAAAGCAUUUGUCUCAAAGUUGGAAUCGGUGGCUGGCGAGAUCUUUGGAUUGAAAAGCAUAGCCGCAUACCGCAGUGGCCUAGAAAUCAAUACAAAUGUGACUAAACAGGAAGCCGAGGAGGGUCUCACAGAGGUGUUACUUGCCGGGAAGCCUGUCCGUAUUGCAAACAAAAAUCUUAUCGACUUCAUCUUCUUGCAAAGUUUGGAAGUUGCUCAAUCCUAUGACUUGCCAAUGCAGAUACACACAGGGUUUGGGGAUAAAGAUUUGGAUAUGCGACUGUCGAAUCCUCUUCACCUCCGUUCAGUUUUCGAGGACGAGAGAUAUUCAAAAUCUCGGAUUGUUCUUUUGCACGCGUCCUAUCCAUUCUCAAGGGAAGCAUCAUAUCUAGCAUCUGUGUACUCCCAGGUUUAUCUUGAUUUUGGGUUAGCAAUUCCAAAGCUUAGUGUACAUGGCAUGAUUUCAUCACUGAAAGAGCUUUUAGAUCUGGCUCCAAUAAAUAAGGUGAUGUUUAGUACCGAUGGCUACGCAUUUCCUGAAACCUUCUACUUAGGUGCAAAGAAGUCUCGCGAAGUUGUUUUCUCGGUUCUGCGUGAUACAUGCAUUGAUGGCGAUCUCUCAGUUUCCGAGGCUGUGGAAGCUGCAAAAGCCCUAAAUGUGAUUGAUGAGUUAGAGAGUAAUGUUUCAUUUGUUCGUGUAAUAUGGGUCGAUAAUUCAGGACAGCAAAGAUGCCGUGCUGUUCCUAAAAAGCGUUUCAAUGACGUUGUUACGAAAAAUGGGCUUGGUUUAGCGUUUGCGGUUAUGGGAAUGACUUCAUUUUUGGAUGGACCUGCACCUGGUUCUGGUUUAGGUUCAGUUGGUGAAGCAAGAUUAACACCUGAUUUGUCUACUAUAAGGACAAUUCCUUGGAGCAAGCAAGAUGAAAUGGUUUUAGGUGAUCUGAAUGUUAAACCGGGCCAAGCAUGGGAAUUUUGCCCAAGAGAGACUUUAAGAAGAGCUUCCAAAAUUCUUAAAGAUGAAUUUGACUUGGUAAUGAAUGCAGGAUUUGAGAACGAGUUUUUUCUCUUGAAGAGCCUAACAAGGGAAGGGAAAGAAGAAUGGAUCCCAUUUGACUCGAGUCCUUACUGCUCCUCGUCAGCGUUUGAUGCUGCUUCCACCAUACUUCGCGAAGUUGCGUCUGCUUUACAUUCUAUAGGCAUUCAAGUAGAACAGUUACAUGCAGAAGGUGGAAAAGGUCAAUUUGAGUUGGUUUUAGGACAUACCAUUUGUAGUAAAGCUGCUGACAACUUAGUUUAUACACGCGAAACCAUUAGAUCUAUUGCUACAAAACACGGUUUGCUUGCAACUUUUAUUCCAAAGUAUGCAUUAGAUGAUUUUGGUUCUGGAUGCCAUGUUCAUCUAAGCUUGUGGCAGAAUGGUCGAAAUGUAUUUAUGGCAUCUGAUGAAUCAUCAAAGUAUGGAAUAUCAACUUUGGGAAAAGAAUUUAUGGCCGGAGUUCUUCAUCACCUUCCUUCAAUUUUGCCAUUUGUAGCACCGCUUCCUAUCAGUUACGAUCGGCUCCAGCCCAACACAUGGAGUGGCGCAUACUUAUUCUGGGGAAAUGAAAAUAAGGAGGCUCCACUGCGAGCUACAUCUCCGCCUGGAACUCGUAGCGGUUUUACAAGUAAUUUUGAGAUUAAAUCAUUUGAUGGCUCCGCAAACCCGUACCUCGGCUUAGCUGCUAUAAUUGCUGCUGGCAUUGACGGGCUUCGCAGGCAUCUUUCCCUUCCUGAACCUGUUGAUACAAAUCCAAAUCCAAAAAACCUUCAGCGAUUGCCAAAAUCACUUUCGGAAGCUUUGGAAGCUCUCGAUAAGGCUGACUUCCUUGAGGAAUUUAUUGAUGUUAAGUUGCUGACUGCGAUAAAAGCAAUUCGGAAGGCUGAAAGUGAUCAUUACUUGGAGAACAAGGAAGCAUACAAGCAACUCAUACAUCGUUACUGA